CCUCUCUUUGUAGUUCUCAUACACACUACUUCCAUCUUUCUUUCGGUAUACGCCACCCCUCUCUCUCUCUUUUGACAGAGAUACACAGAUGGAAGCUCCUCCCCCUCCCAAGCAGCACUUCCUUCUCUUCCCUUGGCUUGCCUUCGGUCAUAUAAUCCCCUUCUUCCAACUCGCUAAACGUCUCGCAGAUGCUGGAAUCUCAGUCACCUUCCUCACUCUUCCCUCUGUCUUUUCCCACCUCCCUCCUCUCCACGUCCCCCACCACCUCUCUCUCAUCUCUUUCCACCCUGUCUCUCUCCCUUCAAUCCCCGAACUGCCCGAAGCUGCCGCCACCACUUCCGACCUCCCUCCCCACCUCCAAGAUCACCUCAAAGCCGCCUUCGAUGCCCUCCAACCCCUCUUCCACACCCUCCUCCCCAAGCUCUCUCCAAAUUUAGUUAUCCAUGAUUUCACCUCCUAUUGGCUCCCUGAAAUCGCCACCACGUUUGGAAUCCCCACAGUCUUUUUUAGCAUAUUCAAUGCUGCAUCAUUCGCCUACGCCGCGGUCCCAUAUCGUGUCAGUGGAACUCCAACUGAUUUGACCUCAGCUCCGCCAGAUUUCCCCCCCUCCGCUGUUUACUUCCACCCUUUUGAGGCCAAGCAACUACAAAGCCUUUCUACAUUUCAAAAGACUGACGUCUCCAGCUUUGAGCGCUUUACUAGAACCAUUUGUAACUCACAUAUGGUCAUCAUCCGCUCAUGUUAUGAACUUGAGAAGAAGUAUAUUGACUACUUGGUAAAAGAGUAUCUGAAUUAUUUCAAGGAAUGCGGGGGUAGUGGUGUUAAGAAGUUUUUGCCCAUUGGGUUCCUUCCCCCUAGGCCAGGGGAUGAGGCCCACAGGGACAAUGGCACUAUGGACAGUGGGAGUUGCCAGAAAUUUGUUAAAAAACCUUGGGCUAAAUGGUUGGACAAACAACCAGUCAGCUCUGUUACUUAUGUGGCCUUCGGAACCGAAUGCCUACUAAAUCAAUCCCAAACAAAUGCAGUAGCAAUUGGGCUCGAGCAGUCCGGGUUUCGGUUCCUCUGGGUUGGGAGAGCCCCGGUGUCUGGAAAGUUGCCAUUGCCAGAUGGUUUUCUAGAACGGGUUCAAGGGAGAGGGCUCAUAGUCGAGGAAUGGGUGCCUCAAGCCCAGAUCUUAUCUCACCCUUCAAUUGGGGUUUUCUUCUCGCACAGUGGGACCAGCUCAGUGAUCGAGGGAUUGACCACCGGCAAGCGCCUCGUGCUAUUGCCUAUGAUCCUCGACCAAGGCCUCAUCGCUAGGCUCGUGGCUGAUGAGUGGAGGGCUGCCCUAGAGAUCGAGAGGGCCAAUCUGGAGGAUGGGAGCUUCACUGCAGACUCCGUGUGCCGGGCUGUGCAAAGAGCAGUCUCAGAGGAAGACGAUUCCGAGACUUGGCGCAAUGCAAAGGAUCUACAGGCUCGGAUUUUCUGCGACACAGAGUUGGAGAUGCAUUACUUGAGCAAAUUCGUCAAUUGCGCCACCAAACUGGUUUGCCCUAAGUCCUAGAUCUUGUGCUUCUUCAGGCCUUUUAUCAGGAAAUCCACGAACAAGAGUGAUAAGCUCAAGGGACAAUGGCAUAAACUGAUCCAUUGUCCCAAUUUGCUGGCAUUCUUGAUUGAUUGAGAUUGCGUUUUACAUGGGUCUGCUGGUCUAGUGAUCCUUCUAUUGCUUUGAAAUAUCAAACUUAGCGCUUUUGUGUUUUGGAAUUUAAGUUUUGAUUUCAUUUUGAGUCACAUAUAGUUUAGAGAUUUUGUACAUUUUAUAAAGACGCCAGGCCAAUUGCAUAUUUCAAGAUAAAAGGCAUAAGUUGCAGAAGACAUAUAUAAUGGACCACUGGAUAAAUAAAAUAUUUUGAAACGUACUA